GAUGGCGGCGCGGGAGGUGUCUUUUGCCUCCUCUACGCUGAGAGCUGCCGUGGGCACUAAGUGGGAGAGCGAUCACCUCUGGCUCUGCUUGCUGGCCUUGGGCUUCAACCCGAAAUGGCACCAUGGCGUCAGACUAGGGAGGGAUAUGUUUGCUAAACCGAACAGCAAAGCGCUUUCUGUCGUUGCCUACUUCUUGUUUACUAAGCUGGAUAAGCGCCGUGCAAGACAAACUUUCAAGCAAUCUGGAUUCACAAAACUACCAAGUCCUGGAUUUAGGAAGCACUGCUGUCUGUGGCUAAGAGAAAUUUCACAGCAGAAGAAAGUAGGUUUUCCACGAAUUACACCUUCCGCACUGAUUUGUCCUGGUGGUGCUAAAAUUGUUCACAUGUUCUACCAUUUUGCAAGAUACGUAGUGAUUGAGAACAUGAAAAAGCUCUCUGUAGGCACUGGUAUACCUUUUGCUGAAGCUGUAAUGUGGAGACCUCGGGAUAUGUACAUGGCAAAAGCAAGACACAGAGUUGCAUACAAUAAACUGCUGCAAAUUCUUCAAAGGGAAGACUUUGUUUUUCAAGAAUAUAGGGGAAAAGCACAGGUUUUAAUUGGAGAAAUAAAGCGGACAAAGUCUGAAUAUGCAGUUGUGCGGAAGAAGUUUUGCAGGAAGAAACAAAAUGACCAAAACAAAAAUGACACAACUGAGAGGAUCCAAAAGGUCCGCAGUAUGUGGACACUUAUAGUGGAAAUGCUUGCAUCUCUGAAAAAGGAAAAGGAAGUUGUGGAUUCUGUACUUGAAGACUGUGUUAACCCAUGUAUUCUAGAUGGAGCUGAUGUUGUUUUGAGUGUUCCAGGGUUGUUAACUUACAGAAUUGAAAGUAACAUACAUGGAUUUGCUACAGGAAAUUUAUAUGAAGAUGGAAAUUUAAAUUUCCUAACAGUUAUUCAAUUGCUAAAUGAAGCCCUGAUGAUACUGAGCAAUGAAUGUUGUCCUUGUGAAUUAAAAGAACUUCACAGAGUUGAGGACAUGGUUACAUCCUACAAGAAUGCACUACAGGAGUUGAACACAAAAAGUCUAAGAAGAAAGCAAGAGCAUUGUGAGCCAAAGUGUCAGUCUAUUUCCAGAAAACAGGAAAUCUGGGAAUCGAAGUGGAAAACGAUUCUUGGCCAUUGUCCUUUUAAUUUAAUCUUGAAAGAUGAUCUACAACCAGCUUCAUCAUUUCAAUCUUUUAGUUCUUCAGAUGAAGAUGAAGAUAGUAUCUUUUAUCAGUUGUUUUCAGAUAAUUAUGACUAUCAUCAUGAAGAAUGCCAUGAGGAAAGUGAUGGGGCUUUGGAAAACAUGACUGGUACAACAUUAGUACCCUCAACAUGUAACUUCAUGCAGCAUGGAGGCUUGUCUGCUUCUGAGGCUACAGACAGGAGCUCAUUGGUGCCGUCGUCGUCAGAAGCAUCUGAAAAUGGAGACCUGUUAAUUGAAAAUAACUUGAAUACUUGUAUGGGAGAUAAAAAACUUGUGCCUCAAAAAAAUUUAAAAAAUGGAAAGGAAGAGUUCCCUACCUCAGAAGUAGAGGAGAAUGCAGAUGAAAAUGUCACCCAGCCAAAGUCUCCUGUGAAAAAAGAUGACCUUGAGAAAGCCAGAGAUGAACUGGCAGAAGAGAUUGCAAAGUUGGUGAUGUCUGAGUCGCCUCACAGUGAUGAAAAAGUAAUGGCAUUAGAUGAUCUCAUUAGCUCACUGUCUUUCAAUCCAUUUUUAACAAGGAAACAAAUACCCCGAACUCCAGAAAAUCUGCUUACUGAAAUUAGAAGUUCGUGGAGAAAAGCUAUUCAGACUGAGGACUCAUUAGACCUAGAGCAGUCCUCAACUGAAGUGGUGACAAAAGAAUCUUCAAUGAAUGCUACACCCAGUAUCCAGGAGGAGGUGGACUCUACCUUUGGGUGCUCUGAACCUGUGUCUUCUGUAUGUGACUUGGGUCCUCCUGUAUCAGAAAAGAAGUCUCAAUUAAAUUCUACAGAGUCUAGUUCUCAGGAGCAGCUGAGUGUAAGUCAUAGAUUUGAAUCUUCAGAUUCAGAAACAUCUGGAAUUCAAGAAACUGCGGGAACUGAAUCAGAGGAACUAGAUUGUUUUGCUUUGAGUGGAAGUUCUGUAAAAGAUCUAAGCCAGAAUUUGCAAAAUGUAGAGAAGAGCAUGAAUAUUCCAGAUACUUGUUUGAAAAGUGGUAGUAGAGCAAAUACAGUGCCUUCAGACCACUGUCGCAGUUUUCUAAGGGAUGAGAUGCUGUGCUGGAAUGUAUCUGUGUUAAAUUCUGUCUGUCAUGAAACUGCUGAUGUGGGAAUAUUGGAUGAGACACUUCCAGAAUCUGAUAAUAUAGAUCUCAGCAUAUCUGCAGACUCAGACUCCAUUUUUUUUACAAUGGACAGUGAAAAUUUAAUGGAUGGCUCAGAAAAUAAUGAGGAUAUUAAAAAAACAGACCUAGAUACACAGUCCCUGUCCAACUCACAUGAAGUGCUAAAAAAAACUGCAUCUAAGAGUGAAGAGGAGCUGCAUCAAGCACAUAAUGGGGACAAAUCUCAAAGUUAUAGAGCUAAACUAAAUACGAUAGCAGAAGAAGGAGAGGAAAAUGAGGAUGAUCCUUCCAUGGAUGAAGAAUUUACCAAGAUGUCAUUGCCAAACUCUCCUGAUGAAAGCAAACAUUCCCUGUCAUCUUUGCUGGUAUCCUGUCAACAGAUGAUGGUACAUGAAGUCCCAUUAGACUUACUACAUAAAUUGAAGGGUAAGUAUCUGUGUUCUUUAUGCAUCAAGAUUUUGUCCAUUCUGGCUAUACCACCAUGAAUAACAUCUGAGUAGUUGGACUGUGCUGUGGAAGUGGAGGGUAACAAAUUAUUUGUAUGCUUGUUUCUCACAGAGGAUAAAACAUUAAAAAUAAAGAAAACACGCUUUCUCUAGUUCUAGAGUUCUAUCAAACAUCUUCCAAGUACAAUAAAAGAUGUUCAUUUGA